AUGGGCCGCCGACCGAGAGAAGGCGAUCGCCGUGCAAUCUUGAAGAAGUUUCCUUUGUCAAGAAAUAUGCCUAUUGAAUUAGCCGGUUAUGGUCGAGGAUCAUAUUUCACCAGAGAAACUAGGAAAGAAAAACGUUCCAACCUGUUCGAUAUUGUAGAAGAUGAAGAUACUUUUGAUGCUACCGCUAUGUCUCUUCUGCCUCCAACUGAAUGCAAUCACAUCAAAGAUGACACAAAUCAAAAGAAUAGUAAUACGGGGGAGGAAGACGCGGAGUCAUCAAUUGGUUCUACCACUGGAACUGAGUACUACAGCUGCAUAGCUGAACUAGACAAUAACAACAAUGGAUUUAAUGAGGCGUAUCAGAGAACAAAUGACUAUUAUAGAAGGGUUACUUUGAAAUGGAUCUUUGUUAUCAGCAACUUCGUCUGCGAGAUUUUAACAGCCCUGUUUGAGCAGCUUUCCUCCCCACACCAAUCUCAUUAUGCGCUAAUCGGUAUGACGAUGUCUUUGGCUGCAACAAUUAUUUGUGUGAUUGAGAUUGUUUAUAAGUGUCGACAACAAAAGGUUACUUGGAGAAUAAGGGGCAAAAUAUAUUGGUUUUAUCAUCCACCCCCAAGUCACAAGUGUUUUGGUACAUUCAAGGAUAUUUUUGGGUUCGCUUGUGCCGCCCUUCAGUCGAUUUCAGGGGUAAUCAGUUACACGUUUUAUCUUAAACAUGGUAAUAGUCCUGUCAAAAUUUCUCUUUGCUCUGUGGUGUUUGCCCUUGGUCUAUUGUGUUCCAAAUUUUGUGAUGAGCAAGAAAAGGUGGAUAUAGAUUAAAUGCGUGAGAAUAUUAUGCUAUUAGCUUGUUGUCGCAUAAAAAACUAUUAUUUGUAUAUCUCUGUAAAGCACUUAGAUAGUAUUUUCACACUUUUAUUCAUUACCACUAUCCAUU